UUUUAUCUCUUUCUACCACAGAUGAAAAGAAAGUGACAAAUAUAUAUGGUGUGUGUCAAUUGGAGCGAUCAAAUUCAUGAAAAUCUCUGUGUAGAAAACACAGAAAAACCAACGUCGGUGCGUGGAAGACUUCGUCAGCGAACCACAGGAGCAGUCUUUUUAAUAGUAAUUUAUCUAGUGAAUUUUCCAAUUUGGAUUAAAUCAAAAUGGCUUCUGGUGUAACAGUAUCAGACGUCUGCAAAACAACAUACGAAGAGAUCAAAAAAGACAAGAAACAUCGUUACGUUAUCUUCUUUAUUAAAGACGAGAAACAAAUCGACGUAGAGGUAAUCGGUGCUCGCGAUGAAGAAUACGAUCAGUUUUUGACAAACUUGCAAGCGGGAGGCGCAGGCGAAUGCCGCUACGGCCUCUACGAUUUCGAGUACACGCACCAGUGCCAGGGUACCUCCGAGGCUAGCAAAAAACAAAAACUCUUCCUCAUGUCCUGGUGCCCGGACACCGCCAAAGUCAAAAAGAAGAUGUUGUACUCUAGCUCCUUUGAUGCUCUCAAAAAAUCAUUGGUUGGAGUACAAAAGUAUAUUCAAGCCACAGACCUUUCGGAAGCCAGCCAGGAAGCUGUAGAGGAAAAACUGAGGGCUACUGAUCGUCAAUAGGAGAGUCAAAACCCAAACUAACCUCUUUUUUUAGGCGGCGUGUGUUCGCUUACUACAUUUUUAUUUUUAUUUCUUUUUUUUUGUACGACUGUCACCUACUCACGCACCCUACCUUUGAUUUGAAAAAAAAAAAAGAAAAGAAGGUGUAUAAUUAUUAUAAUUUAUAUUAUAAUGUAUAAGUAUUUGGUUAAUAAUUAAAAAAAUAAAGCUUCAUUUUUAAAAACUCUAGGAAUGUCUUUUAUUUUUAUCAACAAUUAGUUGGAUGUUU